GUGAUGGAUGAUCCUGUGGCGAAUCCUCACACUACCUUUUUUUUUUUUUAAACUUCUUUACUGUGACUGAUGUCAAGGUUGAAGAUAGAAUACUGUUAAAAUGAAUAAAUAUUAUUGUGUCUACUCGAUUAGAUAGUGAUAGUUUAUGCAUGUAAUCCGAUGAGGACAUGGCUGUGAUCCACCAGACAAACUAUCCCUCCUCUGUAUCUACAGCUUCAGUCUUCUACUUCUACGAUGUACAUCCUCAAAGUUGGUCUAUGUAUAACAUCACGUUCAUCCCUGUUCAUCCUGCUCAUCGUUACUCCUUCCAUCACCUAGCGAUUCGACCUCCCCAUACCCCGCAUACUCCCUCCUACACGCCUACUGCACAUCCCACGCAAUUCGCUUGUUGUCCUACGCUUUCUACUGUCCUACGCGCCGAUCAAGACACAUUUAUAUCUGAUUCGAUAUCUCUAGGUCACAGGUCACAAAUGCAAAAAAAAAAAAAAAAAAAAAAAAAAAAAAAAAAAAAAAAAAAAUAGACCAUUUUAAAGAAGAAUAAACUCAAAAAAGUAACACGCUGAUAGAUGCCCGUCCCAACCCAUGCUGUUGCUUCUCCUGCCCGGUCGGUCCGGGUUCUCCGGACCUCGUUAACACAUGCAAAAAAAGUCUCUCGCUGAUACAUAAUAUGAAGAAGAUCAAGACAAAAAGAAAAUCG